AUGAAAUUUUAUCUGACGAGAAUUAUCAAAAAAUGUGAUGGGCUUGAUACUCUAACAGCCCCAUUUUCACAUGAGGAAAUUGACAAUGUAAUCAGAGAAAUGCCUGCCGAAAGAGCUCCUUGCCCCGAUGGUUUCACAGGAAUCUUCCUAAAACGUUGCUGGUCAAUUAUUAAAGAGGAUUUCUAUAACCUUUGCAAUCAAUUCUUUGAUGGAGGGCUAAACCUUGAAAGUAUCAAUGACGGCUUCAUCACCUUAAUACCCAAAAUCGGCUCCCCAGAGAAUGUUAAUGAUUACAGACCCAUCACUUUGCUCAAUUGUUGUCUUAAGGUAAUCACCAAACUCCUAGCCAAUCGCUUACAAAAAGUCAUCCUCAAAAUUAUCCACAGAAAUCAAUACGAAUUUCUCAAAGGGCGCUCGAUCCAAGACUGCCUCGCUUGGGCAUAUGAAUACAUAUAUCAAUGUCACUCCUCGAGAAAAGAAAUUGUUCUGCUAAAAUUAGACUUCGCCAAGGCUUUCGACACGAUUGAUCAUGAAGCGAUGAUUGAGAUUAUGAGAAGUAUGGGCUUUAAUGAAAAAUGGAUUGGAUGGAUUAAAUGCAUUUUUUCCUCUGUUGGGCUAAAAAUCAACUUCAAUAAAUCCACACUCAUUCCUAUCAACUGCGAGGCUACCAAAUGUGAGGAAUUGGCUAAUGUUCUUGGAUGUGUGGUAGGCAAAAUGCCCUUCACUUACCUAGGACUCCCUUUGGGCACAACAAAACCCACAGUUCAAGAGCUAAUGCCACUGGUGUGUAGCAUUGAAAGGAGGUUAUCAACCACGUUGAACAUGAUUUCAUAUGGAGGCAAACUUUCACUCCUAAACUCGGUCAUUACUUCUCUAGCCAUUGUUGCUCUGUGCACACUUCGGCUUCCAGCAAAAAUCAUUGAACUUAUUGACAAAAUUCGACGGAAAUGCCUAUGGACCAAAAAAACAGAACAAGGGGACAAAUGCAACUCUCUUGCUUCGUGGGAUAUGGUGUGCCGACCCAAGGCUUCUGGUGGCCUCGGUGUUCUUAACCUCAAAAUUCAAGGGGAUGCACUCCUUUUGAAAUAUCUUCAUAAGUUCUAUAACCACUCUGAUUUGCCUUGGGUAGAACUCAUCUGGUCCAUGUAUUACGAAAAUAAGAUACCCCACACCAUGGACGCUUGUGGAUCAUUCUGGUGGAGAGAUGUUGCCAAACUAAUACCCACACUUCGAGGAAUCACGCAAGCACAAAUACUUCAUGGUGGCACGGUGCUAUUCUGGAAAGAUCUUUGGGGUGAUCAAAUUUUAUCAGAAGUGUACCCGAGAGCGUUUUCCUUCGCAAAUAACGAAGAUAUAUCUAUUCGGGAAUUCUUGAGCAUCACGGCGCUCGGAGAGGCCUUUCACCUACCACUGUCCCCGCAAGCGCAUGCAGAGGUCAGGCAAAUUCAAUUGGACACCGCAGCAAUAAACAUCUCUGACAGCCGCCAAGAUCAUGACCGGUGGACGUAUGUCUGGGGGUCCUCCACCUUCACGACGCACAAAUACUACUCCUUCUACUUCAGAGACACAGUGGCACAUCAAUCUUUCCGAUGGUUAUGGAAAUCCAAGUCCACAAUGAAGAUCAAAGUAUUUGGAUGGCUGCUCCUCUCUGACCACUUAAACACAAGAAACAUGCUCAAGAGGAGACACUACAAUAUUGGGGAUGACCAUGAUUGUAUCAUGUGUGGACUGCACAUUGAAGAGACAGUUGAGCAUUUGUUCUUUGAAUGUCAGUUCACUCAACCUUGCUGGGCGAGCUUCGGCUUGUCCUGGCAACAAGGGGGGACCAGGCUUCAAAAUAUUGAGGUUGCCAAAGAGACAUGGGCUCGGCCGCUGUUUAUGAAAAAUUUUCUUCUAGCAGCCUGGAGCAUUUGGAAGGAACGAAACAACAAGCACUUCAGAGGUAUAGCACCAUCCAAGGACUCCUGGCUGAAAAGAUUCAAAGAGGACUACUCUCUCCUAGCUUAUAGGGUUAAGGAGAAACACAAGCACCUCAUUCCUUCUCUCUUACAUACCUUGUAACAAACCAACUCCCCCCCCCCCAACCCCAAAAUGGGGUGAAUGUAAAUAACUAUGUAAUUGGCAGACUUUUAUUCUUUUAAUUCAAUUGCAGUAGGAGGUGCUCCUACUGUUUCAGGUUCAAAAAAAA